AGCACGGUUUAUCGACAUAUGCCCCUAGUGGACCCCCGGCGGCCCGACAGUUCUCUAUAAUUGCUCGAUCGCGGGGCAAACCUGUCAUCGCGAUGCCACACGCAGUCAGCAUCGCGACCCCGGCCCUCCAGGCCUUGAUUCUCUGCGGCCCGGGCAGCUCAUUUCCAACCUUCACAGCAAAUCCCGAUGAGAACCCCAAGGCUCUUCUACCAAUUGCCAACAGGCCCAUGGUUUGGUAUCCGCUCGAAUUCUGCUACCGGGCAGGGAUAACAAACAUCACUCUCGUCUGCCCGCCUUCAGCGGCAGAGGCGAUCGACACGGCCCUAAAGACAAACCCAUAUCUCACCAGCCUUCCCUUUCCGAGGCCUGACCUCCUAGCACCGAAGGACCUAGACCAAAACACGGGAACGGCCGAAAUUCUCCGUCUUCCAGAGCUGCAAGAAGUCGUAACAUCAGACUUCUUGGUUCUCCCAUGUGACCUCGUCUGCGAGCUGGGCGCAGAGAAGCUGCUGCAAGCAUGGAUGGUCAAGUCGGCUAGCCUCGACGACCUUGUCGGCGAUUCGGAAUCCGGUGGCCACCGCAGCGGCGGCUUGGGUGUCUGGUAUCAGACCAAGACAGCAAUCCCUGUCAAGGGCGAGGAGACGGAUUUUGUGGCUACCGUGCCACUGCUGUCGUCUUCGAUUCUGCCUGCAAAGGAAUCUUUGUUCCCUCACAUGGAAAAGGUCGUCUACUCCAUGCCAACAGACUCUCUCAAGGAUCUCCUCGAGGAAAAGGAGGGGUUUCCUAUCCGUCACGGGCUCUUACGCCAGCAUCCUCGUGUCCGGAUGCUUACCACCCACCGCGACGCCCACAUUUACAUCUUCCCGCAUUGGGUCAUGCAAUUCAUCAAGGAGAACGAGCGGCUCGAGACCAUCGGCGAGGACGUCAUCGGAUGGUGGGCCAAGGCAGGCUGGCAAAAGGGUCUCUCUACCAAGCUAGGACUAGACAAGGUCCUCCGUCAGCCGGGCACCAACAAGGCAAAAAGCCACGGCCAAUCAAGCCCGGGAGACCACAAUGCCACCACCAGCACCCGCACACUCAGCGCCGACUCCAGUGCAGCCGCGGCGUCCAGCUCGGCGGUCUCCUCCGAGGCCGGCGGUGAUGAUAACCAUUCAGAGAACAGCGACGAACACCCUCCGUCCCCUCCCACCGAACCACCCGCCGUCCCAUCAAUGCUGGCCUACAUCCACCCAACAACCGAAGCAGCCCCCCUAAUCCGGCGCGUCGACACGGCCCAACUCCUCCUCCAAAUCUCCCUCCAGCUCGCCAAGCUGCCCUCGCUCGAAGAGACGGGGCCCGAGAACCCGGCCUCCCCCUUCGCGCACGCGCGCAAGGUGGCCUACCCGGAGGGCGUCAAGCCGCGCACGACCAUCACGAAACAGGACUGCCUGGUGGCGGACAACGUGACCGUCCAGGAAAAGACAUCGAUCAAGGAGUGUGUGGUGGGCGCCAACUGCCAGAUCGGCGAGGGCGCCAAGCUGUUGCAAUGUCUACUCAUGGACGGCGCGGUUGUGAGUCGCAAUUGCAAGCUGACCAAGUGUAUUCUGGGCAAGAGGAGCGAGAUUGGCGAGGGGUGCGUUUUGACUGAGUGCGAGGUGCAGGAGAACUUGCUUGUGGAGGCUAGGAGUGAGUUUACCCCUUUUUUUUUGGAUUUCUUGGUUACGAUUUUGCAAACUCUUGGACUUGACACCUGCUUGGUGCUGGUAUCUGUUUUUGACUUUCAAGGGUAAAAAGGCUGACGAGUGUGCACUGCAGCUGAAGCAAAGGACGAGAAGUUCAUGUCGUCUUCAGGCCUCGAGGCGACCGAGCAGGAGCUGGACGCUCUUGGGGACGAUGACGAGGUAGACGAUGAUGGCGAGGAUGACGACCAAAACUGAAUGAUACCGGCUGAGCAACCCCAGAGUCAAUCGCUGGAAUACGCGUCCUCGUGUUGUCGUUCAGUCGAUCCGGCGAUCUCCGGGGCCGACCCUCGGGCGAGCAAAGUG